AUGAGUAGAACAAAAAAGAAAACUCUGAGCAAUAAUGUUGUGAAGAAGAUAGCUGAACAGAAUGUAGUACAAGUUAAUAUGGUACAAAUUGAUAAUGAUGUGGUCCUCAUUGACGAAGAGGAAGCUUCACCAGUCAAGCCAGCAAAGAAGAAAAGGCAGAUGCUUCUCAAGCCUCCAACUGCAUCAACUCCCAAGACAAAACUGGUAAAGAAGAAAGCCAUGAGGAGUAAAAAAGGAAAUCAAAAUGCACCAGAGGAAGUCGAGGUUCUGGAAGACACUGUUGGUGAGUCUUCAAGGAGAUCUUCACGGCAAGCAGCAGCAAAUGCAAAAAAAAUGAUAGAAGAACUGCAGGAAAUUGAAGAAGAAGUAAGAGUUGAGAAGACUAAGAAGGCUGAGAAAGAGAAACCUGUAAAAGAAUCCAAGCUUGCUCCAAUAUUUUGUAAGAAGAAGGUUAUAGAACUCUCACCUUCAAAAUUGAAGGCACGACAAGACUUCCUACAGUCUGGUGUCCCUGAUCAGAUCAAGAAGCAAGUGUUGAUUGAGAAGAGUCAGGAGGAAGAAGUCAGUGAGUGGCCACCUUUCCCAGCUGUCAGUCAUGUCCAACAGAAGAGUGAUACUGAUAGUGUAUGGAGUCUUGUCUCUCCCAAUAUUGAGAAGCUGAAAGAAACAAAUGAAAGCGAUUCCUCCUUAGUGCCACUAGGAACAAAAAUCUAUAGCACUGAUAUGAUGUCCAAAUUAAACAAAGAUAAAUCUAGUACAAAAUUGGGAGUGGGUAAUGAUCCAACGCUGGAUGUAGCAAGCAUCAUUGCAAUCCUUCUCAGCCUGAAGAAGGAAAACCCCUACUUUCCGGCACUCUCAGUCUUCAAAUCCUACCUAGACUUGAAGAAGGAAGCGGUAGAUUUGUACAAAAAAGAAUUAGAGAAGGAAGAAUCCAAGAUUAAGGUAAUAGACCUGGAAGAAGAAGAGGAAGAGGCCAAAAGAGGAAAGCGCAAGAGGAGAAGCAAGGGGUCAGCAGGAAGCAAGAGAUCAAGACUAAGUGGAGCAAAGGGGAAAAAGAAGGAAGCUGAGGAAAAAGCUGAAGAUAAAGACACGUCGCUUCCCUUGUGGCAGGAGAGAAUUCCACAUGCAUGGACGCAAGUUUUCACACCCAAACAUACCAAUCAAGUCAUCGGUAAUACAGGUCAUAUCAGGAAAAUGAAGAUGUGGCUACAGGAGUGGAAAAGAAAAUCGGAGAUAUAUGCCAAUAAGGAGAAGAAUGGAAAGAAGAAAAAGACAUUUAGAAAAGACGAUGACUUCCUGAUAUCUGACGAUUCCAGCAGUUUUGGUGACGACGGUUUUGUCAACACGUUUUUGUUGUCAGGACCUCCUGGUAUCGGCAAGACUUCAGCUGUAUAUGCCCUUGCUACAGAGCUUGGUUAUAAGGUGCUGGAGGUGAAUGCAUCCUCAAGACGACAGGGAAGACAGGUCAUGACUCAGCUAGUUGAGGCCACGCAAUCUCACUCGGUGUCUAGCAAAACGUCCCAGCAACCUGCCAACACUUUGACGGCCAUGUUUGCGGCCAAGGCAUCAACUAAUACUAAGCCUUCUCCAAAGAAAGUAAACCUCCAUGAAGAAAGCCAGAACUCCAACAAAGAUUUGGAGAGCAAAAAGAAAGUGGCACUUGUUUUGUUUGAAGAUAUUGAUAUUGUUUUUGAAGAAUGGGAUGAAGGUUUUAUCGCAACAAUAAACAAUUUCAUGGCCACUAGCAAGAGACCAAUUAUCUUGACUGUCAGUGAUUCAUCACCAAAUGUGCUGGCCAAAAUAAAAGGAAAUUAUGAAAAAUUAGACUUUGUAUCCCCGCCAGAGGAUCUUAUAGCGCAUCACCUGCAAUUGGUCUGUCUUGCAAAUGGCCACCAUAUAUGCUUAAAAGAUGUACAAACCCUUGUUCAUGUCAACAAAAGGGAUGUCCGACAGUCAUUACAGGAUCUUCAGCUUUGGUCGAUGUCUGGCUCGUCAUUCCAGAUAUGUGAUUGUCUGGAAAAUAGUCAGAAGGAUGAUUCUGAGACAAACAGUGAGGAAGAGAAGAGUAAAUCUUCUAAAGUUAUGAAAGAUUUAAGUCUUAGUGACAUAUUCCCAGAUGCCGAUCAAUUAGAGACUUCAAACGUAGAAUUAUAUAAGUCUGGCUUGUUGGGGAAAAUCAAAGGAAGUGCAGUGUUUGACAGCAAAGCAGAUCUCCAUUGUGAUAGAAGAAAAAUGACUCUGGAUAAACAGCAGGAGUCCAACGGGAACAUCUGCUGGUCUCAGAUUUCAAGCAACCUCCCCUUACUCCUCCCUCUUCCUCUCACUGAGACAGAGGAGACAAAACCCAAGUAUCCUCUCCAGCCUGAUGAUCCCCUUCUCAAGACCACGCCCCUGUGGCAGAGACACAGUUGGCUUUCAAUUGAUGAGGAUGAAGAAGAGGUGGAACGGCAGCCUGUGACUGAGGAGGAGGAGGAGGAAAAAGUGGAGGUGAAAGAGGAGGAGAAGGAAGUAAGAGAAAAUACUCAAAAAAUUCCUCCCAAUGUACAGAAAUCAUCCAGACAAUGUUUAGAGUCCAUGGCCCGUCUUUAUGACACUAUUGCCCAGCUGGAUGUCCUUGAUUCAUCUCAGUUAGAAACUUAUCCUGGAAAGAGGAUAGAGGAACGCGGAUGGUGGACAAGGCAGCCCACAGCAGGACUUAGUGACGAACAAGAUAACUGUGAUCUUCCCUGGGCGCCUCGUAACCUGACCGAUGAUCUUAUCCAGUUCGUAGGCCAGAGAGCUGUGAAAUAUUGUCAUGAUGAAUUAUCAGCUGCACUAUCCAAAGAUUCAGUAACGGAGUGGCCUCAGUUGUGUCUCAAGAUCCAUAAUGAUAUGAGGAUACCAAGCCUGAUACCACACGAGUCCAAAGCUAACAGCCUCAGGCAAGAACAUCGACAUAUAGCAGCAUCCAUAACUUCAUGCCUGCCAGCCAUUAACUAUCUUAACAAAAAUACAUCCAUGGAUCACUUACCCUGUAUACGAAGCCUCAUUAGAUGUGAUGAGCUUAGUGCUGCAAUAAGUAAAAACAGAAGGGGAAGGCGAUUUUUAAGCAAUGUUGCACACUUAGGCAUAGAUUUAUCAGCUGAGGAAAAAUUAAAAACGGCCAAUGCACUCUUAAGCUAGCCUUGUUUGUAGACUUGGGAGUCUUUUUACACAUUGUAAUUAUAAUUUUUUUACUGUAGCCGUUUAUUCUUUAUUUAUGAAAUAUUUAUGCUUGUAAAUGAAAGUUUAACAAUUCUGAUAAAGUUUUAAAUAUUUUAAGAAAUAUUAAGAGGUUAUUUUAGGUAAAUAUUUACUUUUGUGUCAUUGCAUCUCAUAUUUUUAUAAUCACUGUAUCAUUAUUUUAUGAAGUCGUAUCAUGGAAAAUAGUAAAAUUUUAUAAUAUAUAAUCUGAUAGUUUCUUUGCUAAAACCAGUUCUUAUUUAUAGUAGCCAAAAUAAUUGAAUGAUAUAUCACUAAGUGACCUUGUUAGAUAUCUAUUUUAUACUGUUGAAAAUUCAGGAGUGUCGUAUAUAGUAUAACACUUAUGCAAAAUGAUAACUAAUUUUUUUCACAUAUUUCAAAUGAAAUCUUUACUAAUUUGUUUUCAUUAUUCUGCAGUUCCCUCCUAUAUUUCACAUAUUUUUCAUCUCCUACCAUUCACUAAUCAUAAAUGCCAUUGUUGAUUAGUAAGUCCAUGCUUGCCUCAUACUGCUGAAGUCAAACACUCUCUCUCUCUCUCUCUCUCUCUCAGGAAGGGUAUUUAACGAGGGCAAAGGUGUUUUUAAUCUGAUUAUAGGAGUUUCCAGGCAUAGGCAAGGUCAAUAUCAUCUCCAUGUCCAUAGUUCUCUCAUUUUUCCUUUUCAUUUCAUAUUUUUCUCUGUAUCUCUUGUUAUUUGUUUCAAGGUGAGUUCUUGCUAUCUUACAUCUCUUUCCCCUAUCCUCUAUCUUCCCUUUAUAUAUAUAGAAAACCAGCCUUGUAUAUGUCAAGUGCAUGAGAAAACAAAUUCCUAGCAGACAUUAAUUUUGGACUGUUAUAGCAAAGGUUUGAUUUACUCGUGAGAUAAGGAUCUGGCAAGUAUUUGACAUGCUCAUCUUGGUUUGAGCAGGAUAUGAAUAUAAUACAACUUUAUUUUUCAUUAUUAUUUAUAUGAUUACUUCUAGGAAAUGCAUAUAUAUAUUUUUUUUAGGUCAAUCUGACUGCUUUUCACAUGAAAUUAAUUCUGAACUAGUGUGUUUGUAGCUUUAAGAAAGAAAAUUGCAUUUUCUAGCAACAAUUUCUGUAGGUCCAAUGCCAAAUUGAUUAGUUGAUUUCAUGGGAUGAAUCAAUUAAUUUUUAUAUUUUCAUGCCUUCAGACAUGUCAUAUGUAAAUAACAAUGACAGUUUUCAUUAAAGUGUGCAAUAGUUUGUAAGAUAAUUGUAUGAAUGAGUUCAAAUGUUUUUGUAUGUUUUGAACAUUGUAUUUUAGUGUUUACAGAAAAGUGGCCUUCUUAUUUUUAUUAAGUAAUAUUUGUUUUUACUUUAAAAUACAUAUAUCUUAGGCCAUGGGAAUGUACAAAUUCUUUUAAUAAAUUUCAGAAUUAGAAAA